AUGAGCCGCCCCGAGAAGAAGCAGCGCACCGAGGACUACGUGCUCUACUACUGGCCCGGCAUCCCCGGCCGCGGCGAGUACGUCCGCCUCGCGCUCGAGUACGCCGGCGUGCCCUACACCGAGCACCACGCGGACCUCAUGCCCACCCUCUGGGACGCCGCCAAGAUCGGCGCCCCGCCCCACUUCGCCCCGCCCGCCCUCCAGCUCCCCUCCGGGCGCGUCGUCUCCCAGACCGGCGCCAUCCUCCACCUCAUCGCGCCGCGCUGCGCGCUCGCGGGCGCGCACGGCUCGCAGCUCAACACGCUCACCGCCGACGGGCGCGCGAAGAUCAAGGACCUGAGCGACGCGGAGCUCGAGCGGGGCGAGGAGGAGCGCGCGAGCGUGACGCAGCUCGUGCUGAGCGCGCUCGACUGGCAGACGGAGGCGCACGACGUGCACCACCCCGUCGCCUCCGCGCUGUACUACGAGGAGCAGCAGGCGGAGGCCGCGCGCGCCGCGGCGCUCUACCGCAAGGACCGCCUCCCGCGCUGGCUGAGCCACUUCGAGAACGUGCUCGCGACGAACCCCGAGACGGCCAAGGACGCUCCCAAGGUGUAUCUGGUCGGACGGCAGACGACGACGGCGGACCUCGUGCUGUUCCAGGUCCUGGACGGGCAUUUGUUCGCGUUCCCGAGGCGGAUGGCGCAGCUGAAAGAGGGCGGGGAGUACGCGAACGUGUUUGCGCUGCAUGAGCGCGUCAGGGGCGAGAAGGGGAUCAAGGAGUACCUCGCGAGCGACCGCCGGCGCAAGUACAGCAACGGCAUCUUCCGGCACUACGAGGAGCUGGACGGGGAGGAGGAAAGCAAGUAG